AAUGACGCGAUGCAGCCGGUUUCACACUCUUUGGUGGGUCUCGAACCCGCCUUCGAGAGUGGUCGUCUGGACGGGACUUGUCAGUCACCAGGACGCACUCACGGGGCUCGCGGCCAACACCAACGCACAACGAACAGACUCAAACCACUCGGAGACCGCUUGGGGAGCGACGAGUAGAUCGUAG